AUGGCCACCGCCCCAGACUACAAGAACAUCCCCCACUCACACCGCUUGCCUGUCCGCCAUCGCGAAGUCCAGCGCACCUUCACCAAGCUCUCCCGCCAGUCCCUGGUUUCGCUCGUGCAGCAAUGGCUCAGCAAGAAGAAUCGCGACUUUUGCAAGCCGUACCUACUCAGCGACCGCAAGCAUGGGGAAGAGGAAGACGACGACGAGCUCUAUGAGCCCGCCCAGAGCUACGAGGAGCUGCAGGAGACAUACAGGGAGUUGGCAACACGCAAAGGCGGGAGAAGAGAGGUCCUCGAUCGUAUGCUAGACGGCGACUGGAGGACAGGCAUAUCCAUGUACCAGCUUGCGACGGCAGAGAUACAGUACCUUCUCGACCACCCCAACGCAUUGCGCUGGACAGCCAAGCGUCUUACCAAGAUACCGAAUGCCCGAUCAACCAUAACAGACAUGGAAGUCACAAACGACUCCGACCACCUCCCACGAUUCCAGGCACAGACCUUCAUGUCAAAUCUAGCGAGAGAGCUGACACCACUCAUGAAGGCGCAUUACCUCAUUACACGGAUCAAGACCUCCCCGAUGACAAUACUUCGCGUCUAUAUACAUGACGCCCCAUAUAGCAGCGAAGGGUCGCUAGCCGUAGACUCGAACAGUACAGAUAGCGCCAAAGCAGUCUUCUUCGUGUGGCCGAAUGGGUCCCCUUUUGUCUACUCCUCCCUAGCAACGCUUACAGGCCAAGUGGUUGGGGACGAUGGGAGACAUCUGAGAGAUAUCGUGCAACAAGCAAUACCAAAGGCUUUCUCAAGACCAUCUGCACGGUACCAACUAACAAGUACAAACUUCACCACGAAAUCGCUUGAUGCACUUCUCACCUAUCGUGGACCUGGGAAGAGCAACGCGGCAGCUGGAGGAUGGAGCAUCUUCCAAGACCACAGUUUUAGCCAAAACGCGCUCGACUUCAUUACUACCCAAAAAGGCGACGGCCACGAGAAGGUGUCUGCGGGCAAGACUGCCGUAAAUGGUGGAACAAAAGCUGGGCCAGGGCGGCCAAAACGACCACUAGAUGAAAAGGAGUCUUCAGAAGCGAAGAGGAGGAAAGAAGUAGUAGCAGGCCGCUUCGGUACAUCCGCACAAUCUGAUGAUGACCAAGGCCUUGAGCGCUUCGAAGUGCGCGUCGACGAUCCGUUUCCUUCACUUGAUGGUAGCAGUACCGCGCAAUUGGACGAUAACACGUCAACCCUCGAUGCCCAAGCCUCGAGUCGAUCGCGUCGAGGUCGCCCUUCUCUCCUCGAUAGGACAGCUGAAGACCUCGAGGAGAUUGGGAACGGGCAGGAUUGGGUGCCCAACGUGCGCAUCACUUUCCAAGGCACACAUGUCUUCGCAGGCAUUAGGCAGCUGGCCGAAGAGGGUGUUGUAGACGGCGAGAAGAUGCCUGGUUGGAUGACUGGAGAGGCAGGCGUGACUAUCGGGGCAGUAAGAGAGGGCAGAAUGCGGACCAAAGAGGGCGUCCCUGGUAUUUAA